GCUAGUUUGGAUUGUAGUGAUAGUGACGCAGUUGGCACCACGAUAACCAUGCCAGCCUCACCCCCUUUGAAACCUCAUCACUGUCGCAGUCACAGUCUCAGUCACAGCUGCUACAAAGCGUACAGAGAUAGAGAGAGGCUUUUGGGUUCUCAGGGUCGGAGAUAGAGGAGAAAGAUGGCUGGGACUACUCCGCUCACCGAACAACUCAACAACUUCGUCCUCUCCUUGCGAGAGCAGGGAAUAUUGGACUAUCACUUUGAUGAAAUGAAAGAGUUAGAAAGCCAAACUCCUUGCUUAGUUAUAGAAGCGUUAACCAUGUUCCUUCGUGAUGCUGAUGCAGCCAUAGCAGAUCUCUUCAGACUUCUGGGCGCACCUCUUAUCAACUACCCUAAGGUGACAGAAAUUGCCUACCAGCUCAAAGGAAGUAGUGCAAGUAUUGGUGGUUGCCAGAUGGCUGAUGCCUGUUGUGUGCUUCGAAAUGCCAGUGUAGCAUUCAAUAAAGACGGGUGCUUCACAGGCUUUGACAUGGUUAGGCGUGAGUAUCUUCAACUGCAAGAGAAUCUGAAUCACAUUCUUCAGGUAAUACUUAUUCUGAAUCUUGACUUUCUGAGCUUAUUUUUGCAGAAGUGUUUCUUCUUCAUCUUGUCGUCUACUGUUCUAAUUUAUGCAAUAUAAAGAAAUACACGGAGGUAUAUAGAGGUCAUUGCUAUGUUGAUUAAUAAUGAAGACAUGCCACACUGAAAAAAAAAAUUGUGGGACUUUGUACUUUAAGACCUUAUGAAGAUGCCAGAUUUUACAAUAUUUUAUGUGGCGACUGUUCUUCAUUUUGAAAUGCUCUAGUAAGCUGAUUUUUAUCCAUUUUUCUCUAACAAAA